AUGGUUAAAUAUUUGCCAAGACCAACGCGUCACGGCGGAAACGUUCAUCCAGCAGUGGAUUUAGAAAGGGGCGUCAACGAGGCUGCUCGUCACGGCUAUUUGUUCGGACAAUCCAGAGACGAGCAAGCCCCUUAUGUGCGCAUUCGCUUAUCUGGCACCCUGUUUUCUCUGCUACGGGAAAGGACCACAGCUGUUUGUCAAUUCAGAGCGCAACCAAAUGUGACUGGAGUGGAUGAGAAUGAAGAGAAUAUGAACUCUUGCAGCACCGACGUUAAAGAGAAUCGUCACAUCGGAAACAACAUGUCCAUCACGGAGCCCGCUCUCGGACUGUGCUCCAUAGCCAGCAUUCCCGCGAACAGGGGCUCCACGAAACGCAAAAGGCCCCUGGAGGAGGGCAGCAAUGGCUCUAUGUUCCCGCGUUUUCGGCCGAAAAAACGGAGGAGGGCGCCAGGGCCGGCUGUGCCAAAGAACGCCCUGAUGCAGCUCAACGAGGUGAAGCCGGGCAUUCAGUACAAGAUGGUGAACCAGGUGGGGCCCGUGCACGCGCCCGUCUUCAUCAUGGCCGUGGAGGUGAAUGGUCAGACCUUCGAGGGUUCGGGCUCCACAAAGAAGAAGGCAAAGCUGCAGGCGGCCGAGAAGGCCCUGCGCUCCUUCGUGCAGUUUCCAAACGCUUGCGAGGCCCACAUAGCCAUGGGCCAGAACACCGCAGCGAUCACCGACUUCACGUCCGACCUGGCCGACGUCCCGGGCAUGAACUUUAACAAGUUUGACCUACCUGGGGAGAGUGACUCUUUUUCUCAAGACUCCAGCGAGAGCGAGUCAUUUCUGUCUACAUUCGGACUCAACGGCUUCGAGGCGAAGGCAAGCAGGAGCGAGGCCCAAGCAAACCCACCUUACCCUCUUCUCUCGUGCGGAAAAAACCCGCUGAUGAUCCUCAAUGAAAUGCGACCUGGGCUCAGGUUUGACUUUGUCGCAGAAAUCGGCGAGAGCCAUGCCAGGAACUUUGUAAUGGCUGUGACAGUGGAUGGGCAGACAUUUCAGGGAUCUGGUCGCAAUAAGAAGCUGGCGAAGGCUCGAGCAGCGCAGGCUGUGCUUCAGGGCAUUUUUCAUCUGCAGCUGGAUGCCACCCCCGGUCGCCAGCAUCCAAGUGAGGGCCUGCAGCUGCACCUGCCACAG